UGAGCGUGAGCCUAGCUACUGUAGAAUUGCAAACAGUUCGGAGCAAGCGAAAGCGCGCCAGAGAGAGAGCGAGAGAGUGAGGGAGAGAGUAGGAGGAGACCUAGAAGAGACAGGGUAAGAAAGCGAAGGCCUGAAGACCAACGAUUUGAGACUGAAUGACCAUGGCCGUCUCCGCACCUCAGGUGAUCUCUGCAACUUCCAGCGGCACGGGCGUCGCGGGGGGCUUAUUUCGGGCCGAACCCCUGUACUCGACCCCUGGAGAGCCUCCUCGUCUCACCCCCAAUAUGAUCAACAGUUUCAUGGCUAAUAACCACAGCGGCAGCGCGGGGGGUGGCGGGGUCGGUAGUGCCAGCGGAGGCAGCGGCAACACCAACACCAACGAGUGCAGGAUGGUCGACAUGCAUGGGGUGAAGGUAGCUUCGUUCCUGAUGGAUGGCCAGGAACUGAUCUGCCUGCCUCAAGUCUUUGAUCUCUUUCUCAAGCACCUGGUGGGAGGGUUGCAUACGGUGUACACCAAGCUGAAGAGACUGGACAUAUCUCCGGUGGUGUGUACUGUCGAGCAGGUCCGGAUCCUCCGCGGGCUGGGGGCCAUCCAGCCCGGGGUCAACCGCUGCAAACUCAUCACCAGGAAAGACUUUGAAACUUUGUUCACCGAUUGCACCAAUGCCAGAAGGAAGAGGCAAAUGACAAGAAAACAAGCUGUUAACAGUUCAAGGCCUGGCAGGCCUCCUAAGCGUUCUUUGGGAGUGUUGCAAGACAAUACUCGCCUUCUGCCCCAUUCAGUCCCAGGCCUCUUAUCACCAGGACUUAUCACUCCGACAGGUAUUAGAGCUGCAGCAAUGGCUGAGGCGAUGAAGCUGCAGAAGAUGAAGCUUAUGGCUAUGAACACUCUUCAGGGAAAUGGAAGCCAAAAUGGGACCGAAUCAGAGCCUGAUGAUUUUAAUUCUAAUACAGGUGGAAGUGACUCUUCCUGGGAUAAGGAUAAGAUGCAGUCUCCUCUUGCUGCUCCUGGACCCCAACAUGGAAUUGCUCAUGCAGCCCUGGCUGGCCAGCCAGGCCUUGGAGGAGCUCAUACCCUCAAUCCACUGCAGCAGAACCACCUGCUGGCCAAUAGACUGGAUCUGCCAUUUAUGAUGAUGCCUCAUCCCCUACUUCCAGUCAGCUUACCUCCUGCAUCAGUUGCCAUGGCAAUGAAUCAGAUGAACCAUCUCAAUACUAUUGCCAACAUGGCUGCUGCAGCCCAGAUUCACAGUCCACUCUCCAGAGCUGGGGCCUCAGUUAUAAAGGAACGGAUCCCAGAGAGUCCUUCUCCUGCUCCUUCCCUGGAAGAGAGUCAUCGCCCUGGGAGCCAGACCUCCUCCCACCCCAGCAGCAGCGUGUCCAGCUCUCCCUCUCAGAUGGAUCACCAUUCGGAGAGAAUGGAAGAGGUACCCGUUCAAAUUCCAAUGAUGAAGUCACCCCUGGACAAGAUCCAACUGACUCCUGGGCAGGCAUUGCCUCCUGGAUUCCCUGGACCAUUCAUUUUUGCUGAUAGUCUGUCCUCUGUGGAGACUCUGUUGACCAACAUUCAGGGUCUACUGAAAGUGGCUUUGGAUAAUGCUCACAUCCAAGAGAAGCAGAUUCAACAAGAAAAAAAGGAACUGCGAAUGGAGCUCUACAGAGAGAGAGAAAUUAGAGAAAACCUUGAAAGACAACUCGCAGUUGAGCUUCAAAGUAGAACUACCAUGCAAAAGCGCCUGAAGAAGGAGAAAAAAGCAAAGAGAAAACUACAAGAAGCCUUGGAAUUUGAAUCAAAGCGAAGGGAGCAAGUGGAGCAAGCACUUAAGCAAGCCACUACUAGUGACAGUGGAUUGAGGAUGUUGAAAGAUACUGGGAUUCCAGAUAUUGAAAUAGAAAACAGUGGAACUCCUCAUGAUAGUACUGCUAUGCAAGCCUGAACACUGAUGCCGGAACUACAACUGAUCAUAGGCACGAAUAGGGUGCUGUAGCAGUUACCUGCUUAUCUAGUGCUGUAAUUCUU